UAAGGCCAAGCCCGUGGGGUUUGACUAAACAACUUUCAGUUGAAUGUUUACAUGAUAUUCGUUUUUUGAGAAAUUCGAGGAUGGCUCAUUACAACCCAUCACAGAAAAACCCACCGUGGGUUCGAAACAAUGUUCAACAGCAGCCAAUGUUGGCACAGCAAAUGACAGUUCAGUCUGUUGCUCUGAGUCAGCCAGCAUUAACUACAACUCACUUAGCUGCUCAAAAUCAAAUAGGCCAAGUCCAGUUGACGCCAGCAAUCCAAAGUCAUCAAGUCCAGAUUCCUCUCAACCAGGCUCACUUGCUGUUAAACCAGCAACUUACUCCAGCGAAUUGUACUUUUGGACAAGUACAAAUCAAUCAGGCACAAUUGGCUAAUAUAGCUACAUCCCAACACCAAGCCACGACUCACCAAACAUAUUUCACUCCCUCAAUUAGUCUGCAGCAGAAUGUUGGAAUUCCUCAAGGAACAAUUCAGAUUCAACCGUCGAGUUUGGUUAUUCCCACAUCCAUAUCAACAAGCAUAGCGCCACCAGGAUUGGCUAUGCCCACCACUCUUUCUUCAGUUCAAAACUAUACGACAACGUAUGCGCUGAGCCGAUCUUGUGUUUCCCAACAGCAACAGCAACAAGCUACAGUUAAACAACGAGUCUUUAGCGGGCUCGUGACAAAGGUUCACGAAAAUUUCGGUUUCAUCGACGAAGAUGUGAUAUUCCAGGCCAGUGUUGUCAAAGGUACUGCGCCGCAAGUCGGCGAUCGAGUCUUAGUGGAAGCUUCUUACAACGGCUCUAUGCCAUUCAAAUGGAACGCCACGCGUGUGCAAGUCAUAGCACCACCCGUGGUACAACAACAACAACAGCAGCAGCAGCCUCCACCUCAGAAACUUCUUUCUUCCACAGCGUUCAACCAGAGUGACAUAACAAAGCAAACGAAUCGGGAUUGGUCCAUCCGCGGACGCCAGGCCGCCAAUGACUAUAGGGAAUCAGACAGGUUGAAUCCUAAAAGCCGUGACUCGAGAACGCGGGAGAGACGGAGCAGGAGCAACAGUCGAAGUCCUGGUCGUAAACGUAGCCGUAGCCGUAGCCCUCAAAGUUCACCACCACCUCGACGCAGGGGCCGAGUGACACCUCGUUAUUCUGUACAAAUUCCAAAAGUCUCUCUAGAUUGUCGGGAAGCCAAUUUGGUGGAGCUUCGACGUCGUUACAGUCAUAUGUAUGUGCCUUCGGAUUUCCUCAAUUCCACUUACUGGUGGGUGGAUUCCUUCCCCAUCCACCGCCCUUUGCCUCUGGACAAGCCAGUCUCGUUCCACAUCUUCGACAAAAAUGUUGAGCCUCCAUCACUAGAGAACACGGACUCGGCAGCUGUUUUCGAGUCUUCCGAUGCUGACUAUGCAUAUAGUGCCAAAGUUAUGCUUCUCAGUCUUUUGCCCAUGGAUGAAUUUCUUCGGAAAUGCUGCCCAGAAGACGAAAAAGAAGAUUUCGUGCAUCCGGCUCGAUUGAUUCGAUUCCUGGUAGGCCACCGAGGAAAGAACGAGACGAUGGCCAUCGGCGGACCUUGGAGUCCGUCAUUGGACGGUGCCGAUCCCAAAUCAGACCCACAAGUGCUUAUCCGAACGGCCAUUCGGACUUGCAAGGCACUAACGGGUAUCGACCUUAGCUCCUGCACUCAGUGGUACCGUAUGGCCGAGAUCCGCUAUCACCGAGUCUCGUCCAUGAAAAGUCGCAUUGAAAGUGUCCUGCUCUUUGUGCCAGAUGUCUGGUCUUGCGUGCCCACCGCCAGCCAGUGGGAGACUGUCGUCCACUCUUAUAUGCAACCAUCCAGCGAGCCAGUUGAAACCGAUCCUGAAGCUAAGAUGGAAGAAGAAUUGAAGGAAGAAACGGUCGUUGAUCCACUGAAAGAAGCUUCUCAUCACUCAAAACUUGAGCCAAAAAGUCUCAAAUUUAGUGAACUCAAAACAGAAUUGGAGGCCCGGAAUUUGAGUAGUAAAGGGAUGAGGACCCAACUCAUUCCUCGGUUGACAAUUGCAUUAAAAGGUGAAGCUGAAGAGGAGAAACGUAAACGGGAAGAUGCUCAGCUCAAUGAAGAGGAACAACAGCAACAAGAAUCAAGUCGAGAAGAUUCACUUCCUGCGGAUGACGUGGACAGUAUCCAUCGGUUAGAUUUUGUGGCUUCACCGCAAAUCCUUGUUCAUCCGUCCCGCACAGCUAAAGCCGGCAAGUUCAGUUGUUCUCUGGUCAGUCUCUCGGUUCUAUUGGAUUAUCGGCUGGAAGAUACCAAGGAACACACGUUCGAAGUCUCCCUCUUCUCUGAACUCUUUAAUGAAAUGCUAAUGCGCGAUUUCGGGGCCCUUGUCUAUCGGUCGGUGAGCAAUGAAUGUUUGAGAAAGGAAAAGAGGGACAAGAAAGAUGAUGAUGAUUCUGAGCGAAAGAAGAAGAAAGAAAUUGUGAAAAUCGGUAGCAACAACGCUCCGCUAUUGUUAGCUUAUUGCUACUUUGAUUUGAGUCAUGCCAACUACAUCGCCAGCAAAGAUCUGGAAGAUCUCUUCUUGACAUUAGGAUUACAACAAUCUCGAGCUCAGGUCAGGAAACUACUCCAAAAAGUGACAACAGAUGACACACUGCGCUACAAGAAGCUUAUAGAAAAAGUCCCCCUGAUUACCAAAGAAGAAGAUGAUCAACUAAGUGAAACUUCUUUAGCUACAUCGGGUAAAGAUGUUUCCGUCUUUGAGCCGACCAACGGGAAAGAAGCGACAGCGAACGAACAAACUUCGUCCGCUUUGAUGUUAUUCAACGGCGUUUACGUCAAUGUCGAGCAGUUGCUCCUCCGACUGGAAAAGUCCGAGGAAUCUAGAAGAGAAAGCGAACACCAAUUCAAACUGGCUCAAAAUCAAUUGGCAAUCUGUCGGGCGGAUUUAAACAAGUCAACAGAAGCAAACGCCUUGUUAUGUCGUCAACUGGAAACGGAAAAAUUACGAUCCGAAUCCAACACCGAAGAAUUGGUUCGGACUCGGGAAUCCCUCAAUCAAUACGUCCAGUGUAUUAACAAGAUUCAAUCCAUUAGCAGUGCCCUCCUUUCAUCUUCAAAAGGAGGAGGGAUUAAAGAAGAGCAAACACUAUCGGACUCUCAAUUGUUGGAACCCGAAUUUCUAGAUAAAAAGAAUCAUUUCUCCAAGCAAACGUAAAACUGGUGAACAGUUCCACUGGCAUAGAAGUAGGGAGAACAAAGUUAUGUGUAAGUUUUAAACCCAAGCUGUCAGAAGCGUCGAAAUCUUAACCAAAACAUGAAAGAAAAUUUCGUUCAUAAAUACUUAAAUUGUAUUUCGUUUGAUACACAAGAUUUCUCAGUG